AAAAUAUAUUCAAAUGGAAGAAACUGAGCAAAAUCCUGCUCUUCAAAAUCUUGUUCCAAGCCCAAUUGAGCUGCAAGACAAGCACCCAAUGGUUAGUCCUCUGAAUUCCAGCGAGGAGCUUGAGCCUAUUGACCCAAAAUAUGAAAAAUCUCGUACUACUAAAUCAAAAAGGUUCAACUCAACUAAUGUAAAAUAUAAAAAUGCUGCAAAUAAAUAAUGGCAAAAGUUCAGAUAAAAUGAAUCCCUUAAGAAAAUGGAGUCAGUGUGGAAACAUCAAAAAUAAUAUAUUAAAAAAGAGCAAAGGGAGGACUUUAAGAGUCCAUACAGCUGGAAAUAAGAAGAGGCAUAUGUAUACUGGAGGAUAUUCUAGCUUAAAUGAAACUCAUGCACAUGCUAAUACAAGAUUUGUAGUGAGCUCAAAAGGCAAGAGGCCUGCUUUAAAUUCUAAGAAUAAUAGUUCAAAUCAAGUUCCCAUCAAUGGCAACUUCAAUAGAAUCUAUACUCCGCAAAUGAACAUGAGGAAAGAUGCUAGAAGGAUGAGGAAAAAUGUUUCUAAGACUAAAACAAUGGCUACUUCUGAUAUAGAUGGGAAGAAUUCAACUGAUCCGAUUCAUGUCUCGAGUCUUAACAAAUCUAAUAUGUCAACCAAUUGUUAUUCAGUGAAAAGGAGACAAAAGUUUAGAAUAAAUUCUGCUCAUCCAAACCAUUUCAAUAGGCUAAGUUCUACUGGAAAUUGGAUGAAUAAAAAUGAUAUUGAGAGAUCAAAGUUUACAAGUCUUUCUUCCAAGGAUUGGAAGAUCUUCUCUGUCAGAGAGAGCUGAGGUAAUAAAAAUUCUUCCAGAGUUCUACGAAACUGAUGCUCUGCAAAGAAAGGUAGUCAGAAACUACACCUUAUAAACCAUAAUAAAAGAAUGUUCAACCAGAGGAAGUAUGCUUUUAACAACGCUAGGCAUAUUGAUGACACAAUGCUGCAGUCAACCAAAGCAGAUAAAUUGAUAAAAUACCCUCAUUCCACUAAGAAUUGAAGUAGUCAAGGAAUAAAUUCAGCUUUUUCAAAUUCCUUUAUGAAUGCAAUGUUCCGAGAUUCUUCUUUAGGAGUAGCUCAGCGCCAGAAGGAGACUAUUCUAAGAGAUCAGAGGAACAAGCUUCAAAAGGAAAUGAGGAGAAAGCAAUAUAUCUUAGAAACUCAGAAAUAAAAUUAGCUUGAUGAACUACUACAAAAGGGAAUAUAAAAUCAAGGUAAAUCAUAAAGUAAUGGAGUCACUUACCAUUCCUGAGUUUGAGGAAUACCUAAACAAACGUUUGCAAGAUACAAAGAAAAAGAAAGCAAUAAGUAUACUUAAAAAGCAUAUUCUUGUGUAUGUCUUCAGGAGAAGGUUCAAGAAAAAGCUUAAUGAAAGAUUUAGAGCUAUUAUAUUUAUCCAAAAAUGGUACAGGAGAUCCUGGAACCGAGUCUCUCGCAAAAUGAAGAGGAAGAGACUAGAGGCUUCCAAAGUGGUUGCAAAAUUUCUGAAAUCUUACCAUGUCUUUAUGAAGCAUCGAGAAUAUUUGUACAAAUUAAGAUUACAAAAGCAUUUUAUGUAUUUUGCUGACCUUAGAGAUGGACUACUCACCAAAUCUCAGAGGGUCAUUCGGAAGCAUUGGAUGGUAACAAGAGUCAGAAUUAGAGCUAGAAGAGCAGAGCAUAGGGCAUUCCUAGCAAAAGCCUUAAGAAUGUUCACUUUGAAAAUUUUCAUUAGAGCAAAGAAAAAUAUUGAAAUUAUAAACCAUUUUAGGAAGAAACGAAGAACACCUGCUCAUCGUAGUUGGAGUUGAAGGUCAAUUGGAAAAUCUAACCCAAAUAAAGAUGAUGUCAACAAAAGAUCGAUAAGAAAGAAAUUGAGAGAAUAUGGACUGCCCAAGCACAACUAUUAUAGGUUUAGUGAUGAAAUUACCUAUACAAAGGACUUAUAUGAAGCAGAAAAGAAAUUUAUGGGAGAAGGAUUUAGGAGAUCUGUAUCUGAAGAAACUCUCAAAACCAAAAAUAGGCUUGAUUUUAGAUCAACUUUCUUGAACUUGCCUGGUGCAAAACACUUACUUAAAGAAAUAAAAGUUAUUGAAGAGAUUCAGAAACGACCAAAAGGAAAUACCUUAGAAGAUGAAUAUGAAUAUAAAAAUCUUCCAAAAUGAUCAGUAUCAGAGAUUACCCAAAGAGUAUGAGGAAGAUACUACAAAAGAAAGUAUGACUAUAUUGGCACUCAAGAAAUGCCUCUGUUUGGAUGGAUAUAUUCUGAAACAGUUGGAUGGACAAAGAAAAGAAAGCAGCUAAAACUCAAUAAAUAUGACUAUAAAAUAAGACAACAAGAGGUUUUAUCAAAGAUGAAAAACACGAUAAACUCUAAGCACAACAACAGCUAUUCUCAGGCGAAUAGUAAUAACAUGAACAGGACGAUCUCUCCGUCUGGUAAGAACCACACAUCGAGCUUUAACUCCUAAAGGGCCCAGCAGGC